AGUGAUGAGGAGUCAGAAACACCAGUAGUUAAGUCAUAGAGAGGAAGCAGGUUACUUUUUCAGCUUUUUCUUGAUAUAAUCAGUUGAAUUUCUGACAACAAGAAACAACAACAACAAAAAAUGUUGGAAAAUACAGAAGAGGAUAUGGAUACAUCUGACACCCCUGGGUGCUGGUAUUACCUGGCUGACUAUGGACAGUGCAGCCAGUUUGAGAAACCACAACGACAAAAAAUGGGGGAAAAUACAGAAGAGGAUAUGGAUACAUCUGACACCCCUUGCUGGUGGUAUUACCUGGCCGACUGUGGACAUUGGCACCAGUUUGAGGAUGACCACAAUCUCACCCUUAGCAGUGAGGAUGUUGACACGUUUUACCUGAAAAACUCCAAGGAUAUUUUAAACACAUCUUCUUUCAGUUACAGGAUUGAUUUCUCUGAAAUGCUACUGACAGACCUCACCACAACGAGGCAAAAAAGAAUCAAGAGGAGUUACAACACUGAAAAAAGGUGUUCCUGUUUCAGCCUCCCUUCCUGGGAAUCAUUUGAUCCCGAAUCGCCAUACCAGUUAAUCCCUCUGAGUGAACACUCCCCCGAGUAUCAGACAGUGGAACAUUAUGUAAAGACUGAUGGGGUGUUGGGCAAAACCAUUCUGUCAAUCAACAGGAUACAGAAUUUGGAUCUUUGGGAAUUAUAUUGCAGGAAAAAGAAACAGCUGAUGAGGAUUCAAGGCAUUCAAGAAAUUCAAGAGAAACAACUCUUUCAUGGGACCGAUAUUAAAAAUGUGGAUUACAUUUGCAAGUAUAACUUUGAUGUACGGUUAGCUGGACAACAUGGCAGCACAUAUGGCAAAGGAAUUUAUUUUGCCAGAUAUGCAGCAUAUGCCGACGGAUACAGUAAGAGCAGCUCGAAACCACUGCCAGUUUAUGGUGGGGAAACACAACGUGUACACUCUGGAAAAACUAAAAUUAUAUUUUUGGCUCGGGUGAUGACUGGAAAACCAGUUGUUGGACGAUCUCAUUUCCAAAAACCCGAUCAUGGGAGUCCCGAAAACUUGCAUGACAGCUGUGUUGAUGAUGUCUCUCAUCCUAAUAUUUUUGUCAUUUUUGAUCCAAAUCAAAUAUAUCCGGAGUAUGUGAUUCAGUACAGCUGAGCGCAACAUGUGCAAGAUCAACAUGGCUACCUCAAACGGUACAUUUCAAGCAUAACUCCUGAUGGCUUCGAUGAAGUUUUUACAGCAUUUUGACAACAUUUUUAACAUUUUUUUGACAAAUUUGCAAUAAACUAGGUCGUUUUCAGCAAGA